AUGUCACACACAGUGGUAAGAGGAAAGCCAAAUGCUGCUCAGCUCUACCUGGACUCGGUGCUGGACGCCAUAUUGCUCGAACAGGGAAUCAAACCCAAUGCUGAGCAGAGGGACAAUGUGACGUUAUCACAGAUCCUGUUGUACUCUCUCAAGCAGAGACCAAAAGAAAUUUUCAUGAUCAAUGCUGGUACUGAAGAAGUUAUUACAAACGAACAGCUCUUAAAGCGUGCUGUCUCGCUCGCACGCACGCUGACCGCCAUGGGCGGGAAAGGGAAAUACGCUUUCAUGUUGAUGAGGAACCACCAGGAGAUGGCAGUGAUAUACUUCGCUGUCAUGUUUGCGGGAGUGAUCCCGUUCCUAGUGGAGCCUACUUCUACUGUUUUUGAGCUGACCCACUUCCUAAAGCUGGUGGAGCCUAGUUUCGUGUUCCACGACGAAGAGUUCGAGCCGGCGAUGCUCGAGGCGACACGCGCCUGCCCCGAGCUGAUGCCUACUCUGAUACCAGCAGACCGACCUGGAGUCAUUGACAACUUCAUUCGAGGACAACCAGAUGAUGUUGCCAGUUUUCAGGUUCCAGAAGCAUCAAUGGACGACCCGGUGAUGUUGCUACCUACCAGCGGAUCUACUGGACUACCCAAGGCCACAAUUAUGACACAUCGAGGACUAGUAGCACAGCUUCCUUCUCCAUGGUCAUAUCAGACGCAGUUCCCGACGCCCACCGGCCUCAUGAUGAUCCUCACCACCAUUCAAUGGAUGACGUUCACGAUGUACACCACCGCAUCCACCGUCUACCACACCCCCAUCCUCAUGUCCUCCAAGAAGAUCACGGCAGAACAUGUCGCCGAGAUGAUUGAUAAAUAUCGACCAACGUUUACAUUCUUCUCUCCGGCGUUUGCAGCUUCCCUACUGCCGUUGGUGACCUCUGAUCAGUUGAGUUCUUUGAAGACCGUGAUCUUGCUUGGAUCUCCUGUCACUGAGCAGCAGAUGAAAGCGUUACAAGAAAAGCUGCCGAAGACGGCCCACUUAUGUGAUGGUUACGGCACCACGGAGACACAGGGCUACAUAGCAAUACCUGACACAGAGGCACCACUCAAGUGCAACGGAUGGGUCUUCAACUUUCUAUACUACAAGAUUGUGGACGAUGAAGGUCAGGAGCUGGGGUUGAAACAGAGCGGAGAGCUCUGGGUGAAGGGAGUCAGCGUUAUAAAGGGCUACCACAAGAACGUGGCCGCGUACGAGGAGACGGUCACCCCUGACGGCUGGUACAAGACGGGAGACGUGUUCUAUGUGGACGAGAACGAACGAGUCUCAUUCGUCGUCAGGAAGAAGUUCAACUUCAAGUACAAGGGCUUCCAGGUGGCUCCAGAAGAAGUAGAGCGUAUAAUCUGUUCGGUGCCAGGAGUGCAGGAGAGCGUGGUGUGUAACUCUGACAGCGGGCCGGUGGCGGCCGUGGUGCUGCAGCCGGGCGCUGACGUCACCAGGGACAGGAUACACACUGCCGUCAACUCUACUCUGAGCGAACACAAGCGGUUACACGGAGGGCUCGCAUUCGUACCCUCUCUCCCUCACACACCCACCGGCAAGUUGAAGAGGAAUGAGUGCAGCCAGCUGAUGACACGACUCAUGAAGACCGGACAAUGUUGCUAG